AUGCAGCAGCAGCAAACCCAAGACGGGAGGUGGAUGGGCGCCCACGAAUUGCAGGGGAAGCCGGAGGCCGGCUGCGGCUGCGGCAGCAACAAGUGCAACAGCUGCACUGAGAGCAGCAGCAGCAACAGCAGCAGCAGCAGCAGCCAAGCGGGAGCACCUGACAGCAGCAGCAACGCACAGGCAAAUGUCAGCCAUAGCACAGCAGCAGCAAACUGCAGCUGCGUCAUCGUCGUGCACGGCAGCAGCAGCAAACGAGGGGCGGCUCAUCUUAACGAAGACAGGCUGUCGAUUGCUUGCUGGCCUGUAGUGAGCAGCAGCACGAGCAGCAGCAGCACGAGCAGCAGCAGCACGAGCAGCAGCAGCCGCGGCUUCUUUUGCAGCAGCCCCAACUUACAUAGGCAAAGCACCCCUAAAGGCGACACACUAGCCCCGUCUCCUUCAUUCACGCCAUGGGCAGAGCCCAGCAGCAGCAGCAGCAGCAGCAGCAGCAGCAGCAAUAGCAACAGCAAUAGCAGCACCAGCACCAGCAGGAUGGUGUCUUUAGAGCUUUCACCUUUGCUGCCGCCCGCAAAGAUGAGCCAGCAGCAGCAACCGGAGCAGCAGCAGCAGCAGCAGCAAGAGCAGCAGCAGCAGCAGCUGCUGCUGCUGCAGCGCGACUGGUGUGUCAGCGACAGCAGCUCUCCACUCUCUGUACCUUCAGAGCCUGCCUCUUGUCUUUCUUCCCCUCACUGGACUUGCAGCGAACGAGAUCCUGCUGCUGCUGCUGCUGCUGCUGUCAAGCACGCCUUCGCGCUGCCGCCGCUUUCUGCUGCUCGUGCUGCAGCAGGAAACGCCGAACCGACAGCAGCAGCACAUGCAGCAGCAAUAGAAGCAGCAACACUUGCUGCUGAUGAUGAAGGUGGCUCUGUUGGACCUCCCAAAAUGUGUCUCCGCCGCCCCGGAGCUAAUACAGCAUAUUUUGCCUUGGACCCUGUUGAGCAGCAGCAGCAGCAGCAACAGCAGCAACAGCAGCAACAGCAACAGCAGCAGCAGCAACAAGAGCUUCCACGUACCUCUAGCACAUUUGCUGCACCUCCACGGUCCGUAGACUCCGUCAAAGUGACGGCAGCACCAGGAGCUAGAGCAGCAGCAGCAGCACCAGCAGCAGCAACAGCAGCAGCAGCAGAACAGGAUGCCAUGCCCAUUGGGAAGGCACUAGCGGCUCUUGUUGAAGGAGAGCAUAAGGACCUGCAGCACCAGCAGCAGCAGCUGCGGAGACUUUCGUAUGCUGCUGCUCCGUGUGAGGGAUGGGGAAUUUCUGUGUCUUGUACUUGCAGCAGUGGGCUGUCCGUUGCUCCAGCUGCUGCUGCUGCUGCUUCUGCUGCUGCUGCUGCCCCUGCUGCUGGCGAUGCUGCAGCUUUAGCAGCAGCUGAUGGUGACUUGCGGCAGCAAAGCUUACCAAAGGGCUCUUCAGCAGCAGGAUCAGGCGCAGCAGGGCAGCAGCCUCAGCCAGACGAGCAGCAGCAGCCACAACGGCAGCAGCAACAGCAGCAGCAACUGCAGCAGCAACUACAGCAGCAGCAGCAGGCAGAGGGGCGGCAGCAGCAGCGGCAGCCGGAAGAGCAGCAGGACCAGCAGCCUCCACCAAAAGAGCAGCAACAGCAGCAGCAACAGCAGCAGCAGCAGCAGCAGCAGCAGCAGCAGCAGCAGCAGCGGUCAGUGCGGUGCUCGCCCCGCAGCUUUCUCUUAAGCGUCUUCGAUGGCCAUGACUCUGAUGUUGCUGCUGAAUUUGCUGCUCAGGCUUUGCCGCUGCUGGCAGCUUCCCGUUUGCCUCGACACAUAGCAGCGGGGCAGCAGCACGAAGUUGCUGCUGCUGCUGUUGCUGCCUUUGCUGCUCUAGACAACCUGUUCAGGCAGCGGUGCAAGGUAAUAGAACAGCGGACCAACUUGCCCUGCACCAGCGGCUGCUGCGCCAUCAGCGCCUUGCUGCAGGGCCCUCAUCUCUUUGUAUUCAAUUUAGGGGAUUGCCGCUGCGUCUUUGUGACUCUCAAAGUUGCUGCUGAGGGGCAGCAGCAGCAGCAGCAGCAGCUGCAGCAGCGAGGGGACCAGCCGAGCGAGAACGGUGAGCAGCAAAGAGCAGCAAAUGUUGCAGCGCACGAGAGCAGCAGCAACAGCACAAGGCAGGGAAGAGCUGCUUCUGUGUCUGGAUGCAACCCCAACACUCUAUGUAGCAGCAAUAGCAGCAAUAGCAGCAACAGCAGCAACAGCAGCAGCAGCAGCAGCAGCAGAAAUCGCCAGGGACAGAAAGAGGUCACGAGGGCUGUCUGCAGCUCUUCUCUUUAUCUGCGUGCUGCUCUGAGGCGUUCAGGGGAAAGGAGCCCUGCUGCAGCAUCUCCAAAUGUAGCAACGGAAACAGAAACAGCAGCAGCAGCAGCAGCUGCUGCUGCUGCUGCAGUAACGUGGGAGCAGCAGCCGUGUGAGCAGCUCCUGCUCGAGCUCGACUCCUCUUGUCGCUCUCAGUGUCUUGUCUCUUCUAUUCCGCAGACUUCGAAGUCGAGAGCCGCGCUCCGGCGCAGCAGCAGCAGCAGCAGCAGCAUCAUCGGCUGCUGCAGCGGCAGCCGCAGCGGCUGCCGCAGCGGCUGCGCGGAGUGCAGCAGUCGCAGCGGCUCCUUCUCACCUGCCAACAACAGCAGCGGCAGCAGCAGCAGCAGCGGCAGCAGCAGCAGCAACAGCUUCUGCGAGGUGCCGUUGCAUGCGCCUGCAUCACCCGGCCCUGCUAGAAAUGCCGCCUGCAGCAGCAGCAGCAGCAGCUCCGCUGCAGCCGGCGCGCAGGGCAGUAUCCGUGUCCCGGGCAGCAGCAGCAGCAGCAGCAGCGGGAGGGGCGCGAGCAACAGCAGCAGCAGCCCGAGCUUCCCGCUGCGCUGCAGCGCGGGCCCGAGCUCGGCGGCGAGCCCGCGCGCGCAGCAGCAGCAGCAGCAGCAGCGCAGCAACAGCAGCAGCAGGGGCGGGAGCGGGCUGGCGCUGAGCUUCCAGUGGCUGAGCAGGGACCUGCGGGCCAGUGCUGCUUGGGAGCAGCAGCGGCUGCAGCAGCUAGCAGCAGCAAUUGAGGGGGGGAGGCUCGGGGGAGUUUUGGAGCCCUCGAGAUCUUUUGGGGACUUCGACGUGAAGGAUUUGCUGCCAGCAGGUGCGGUGUCUGUACACCCCGAGGUGGCCUACUUGCCCAUUUGCUGCCCCGGCCUGCUGCUGCUGGCUUCCGACGGGCUGUGGGAUUCUGUGGGGCCCCACGAGCUGGCUUGCUGCUUGCUGCAGGUCCCCGCGGUCUGGGGGCCCCUCCGCAACGCCGCGCUGCUGCACCACCAGCAGCAGCAGCGGCUGCAGCAGCAGCAGCAGCAGCAGCGGGAAACGGGGGCCCGCGGCGCGGCGGGAAGGCCCGGGACGCAGCAGCAGACGAGCGGUAAACCCAGCUGCAGCAGCAGCAGCAACGGCAGCGGCAGAGUGUGUGCAGCAGGGCUUGCUGCUGCAGGCGUGCCGCCUGCUGCUGCUGCUGCUGCUGCUGCUGCUGCUGCUGAUGUGCCCCACUCGCUGCUAGUUCCUUCUGCUUCGGCCUUGUCUCUCUUGAGCUACAAGCUGCUGCGCAGGGCCAAAAAGCUGGGCAGCGAAGAUGACACAACUUGUCUCACAGCGUUUCUUAAACCCCUCCCAGCCACGUAG